AUGACAUUCAGCAAGUUGGCCAAGAACUCCGCGUACUAUAGUCGCUACCAGACUAAGUACAAGCGCCGUCGUUCCGGAAAAACCGAUUACUACGCCAGAAAGCGUCUCAUCACCCAAGCCAAGAACAAGUACAAUGCGCCAAAAUACCGUCUCGUUGUUCGAUUCACCAACCGCGAUAUCGUGAUGCAAAUCGUUACCUCCGAAAUCACUGGUGACAAGGUUUUCUGCGCCGCAUACUCCCACGAGCUCAAGGCCUACGGUAUCGACCACGGUCUUACCAACUGGGCUGCCGCAUACUGCACUGGUCUUCUCAUCGCCCGUCGUGUCUUGAAGAAGCUCGGUAUGGAUGAGGACUUCACCGGUGUUGAGGAGGCUGAUGGAGAGUACCAACUCACCGAGGCCGCUGGUGAUGAGGAGAGACGUCCUUUCAAGGCCUUCCUUGAUGUUGGUCUUCAACGCACUUCCACUGGUGCCCGUAUCUUUGGUGCCAUGAAGGGUGCCUCCGAUGGUGGUAUCCUCGUUCCCCACUCCGAGAACCGUUUCCCAGGUUACGACAUGGAGAGCAAGGAGCUCGAUGCUGAAACUCUCCGCAAAUACAUCUUCGGUGGACACAUCGCUGAGUACAUGGAGACCCUCGCCGAUGACGAUGAGGAGCGUUACAAGUCUCAAUUCCAAGGUUACGUUGAUGACGAGAUAGAGGCCGAUGGAUUGGAGGAGUUAUACCAAGAGGCUCACAAGAACAUCCGUGAGGAUCCAUUCAAGAAGGUUGAGGGAGAGAAGAAGACCAAGGAGGAGUACAAGACAGAGUCUUUGAAGUUCAAGGGAUACAAGUUGAGCAAGGACGAGAAGCGCGAGAGAGUCAAGGUCAAGAUUGCCGCAUUAAAAACUCCUUUCAGCAAAUGGUUUGACCCCUUCAAGAACCUGUAUCAAAAUGGGAGGUUUAACCUCCUUCUCAUCAUCAUGGCUGUUCCCCUGUCAUACCACACAAGUGACACCACCCCUUUCUUGACUCUUUAUCUGGGGGAUAUACCUCGAGGAUAUAUUUACACAAUGGAACAAAUGACUGGCGUGGACGUCAGUUGGAUGACACACAGCUCAAGUAAUAAGGACUUAAAACGACCUCGAAUGGUUCCGAAUGUAUCUGGUUCACAAGGCAAAUCAAGCCCGACUCCACAGAAUGGCUCCACCCCUUCAAAGAACAAGAACGAGAACGAGCUGGCGACAACUCCACAGCAGAUUCCAACUCGAUCCGGUGUACCUAGAAAUGCUUCUUCAGAAAAGAUAGUCAUGGCUAAUGGCACACCACCUAAAGCCUCUACAGCACCCAACAUGUCCCGCAGAAAUUCGUGGUUAUCGAGUAUAUCUUCGAAGUUCACGGGAACACAUCCUUCCAACCUUACGAGCGCCUCUCCCAGUACUUCUCCGGCGGCGUUUCCUAUAGAUCCUCCGAUACAAAGACCUGCAGGACCAAGUGCGCCAAAGAAUGCUGUAUUGGUACACGGGGUAAAGGAGGAUGGCGAUGCACCUUAUGUUCCGGCACCCCCACGAAGUGGUCCCAGCUUCUUACAAAGUGCGUUGCGAAGGCUGUCGUCUUCGAGUGGACAGUUGUCCGGAUCAGCUAAAGGUCACAAUGGAUUGUGCGAAAGAAAGAUUUUGAAUGUCGAUCCUCACCGAGAAAGGUGUCCCAUAUUCGGGCUUGAACAGUCGAAGUUGCGAAGAGUAGCUUUCUGUGUCGAUGUUGAGAUAGCAAGCGGUGCUCGUUACAUAGACGAGGAGGAUUCCGAUGAGGCCGACAAUAAAAGUAAAGAAAAACCGAAGCGAUCUAAAGAAAAGGGAGAAGGGGCUGCGCUGAAGAAUCCGAAUAGUCUUAAGGCCGAGACGGAACAAGACGAUGUUUCAAUGACAAAACUUCCCACAUUGAAUGAAAAUCUUCCCGAAAGUACCCAAUCAAAAGCCUCCAAAAACACUUCGGAAGGUAGGGAAAUUUCUCCACCACCCGAGAAGGACAAUUCAAAAAAGAAAGAGAAGAAGAAGCGCAGCGAAGAAGAACGAAAAGCAAGAAAGGAGAAAAAACGAAAGCUUGCUGAGGCGAACGGUACAAUCCCGGUUGAAUUGAAGAUUGAUGAGAGUGACAGUUCACUCUCAACCCUUCCGAAUACCGCAACUCCGAAAACCCACGCCUCACCUACCACGGAUCCUGUUCGGAUAUACAGAAGAUGCUGCCAGUUGAGAGAAACGCCAAUAUUAAAGAGGAUCGUUGAGCAACUCACGGCGUCGGUGGCAACAGCUACAACCCCUGGUCUUGUUGACAAAUUAGAUCUCUCGAGUUAUUGGUUGCAAUUGCCGGAUCUUGUCACGUUAGGGGACUACUUAGCUGUAGUUCCAGUCAGAGAAUUGGCAAUGGAAAAUUGCGGACUCACUGAUGAAGGUGUUCGUGUUAUUCUGGCUGGUCUUUUGGCAGCCAAGUUACCAACAUAUGGUAGAAAAACGCAUACCCGCAAGGAUAGCCAAUGCUCCCAAGGUGGCAUAAUCGAACGCCUAGUCCUGAAAAAUAAUAGCAAAAUUGGUAAAGAUGGUUGGCGCCAUAUUUCCUUGUUUAUCAAUAUGUGCCGAUCAUUGAAGACCCUAGAUCUUUCAAGGAUUCCUUUCCCCCAGAGUGUCACUACACCACCUGCAAGUGGAUCUGGGGAUUUAAAGAAAAUCGAUAGUAAAUCGAGUAAUACGAGCACCCAGGUUUCCUGCUUGUUAUCUAGGGCCAUUGGGGAUCGACUCGCUGGUCCAAAUUUCGAACUGUUGAAUCUAGGUCACUGUGGCCUCAAUAGCCAGCAGUUGGAUGGAUUAGUCGAUGGAAUCAUAAAAUCCGGCUUACGGCGUCUUGGUCUCGCGGGUAACGAGAUUACAUCAGUAGGGAUGGAGCAUGUUGCCAGAUGGAUUAGAUAUGGCAACUGCGAAGGCCUUGAUCUUGGUUGCAAUGAUCUAAGAGAUUCUUUGGAGACCAUUUCGAAUGCCCUCGAUGAGGACAACAAAAUCUACGCCUUAAGUUUGGCAGACUGUAACCUCAAUCCGGAUUCGCUGUGGCCACUGUUCCCAGCCCUCGCAAAGCUGAAGAAUUUCAAGUUCAUCGACUUAUCACAGAACCAUGAUUUAUUCGAAUCAAAACCCAGUGCACUUUCUCUCUUGCGCAGGUAUCUACCACGUCUGCCUCAACUGAAGCGCAUACAUUUGACAGAUGUAUCCAUGACACCGGAACAAGCCAUCGCCCUAGCGGAAAUCUUACCAGAGAGCCCCAGUCUUGCGCAUGUAACUCUUAUGGAAAAUACGCAACUAGCUGCCCUCGCAAAUGCGAAAGACGAAGCAAGUCAGGAGGAGGCUUGUGCAUUAUAUGCCUCACUUAUGGCCGCAGUCCGAGUGUCUGAAUCAAUCGUGUGUAUUGAUAUUGAGGUUCCGUCGAGUGAUUCGUCCGAAAUCGUAAAGGCUUUAGCUAAGCAAGUCGUCGCUUAUUGCCUGUGGAAUAUGGAACGCGGCCCAGUUGCAGAGAUUAGUGGAGCCGUUGCGGCAAUCUCUGAUCCCCAUAUAGCUGCCAAUGGAAAAGAUGUUGCAGUUCCCGAAGUGUUGUUGCACAUUGUGGGGCACAUAGAAGGAGUCCAAGAAAGUCCUGAUGACGAUGAACCUGCACCAGACGAAGACUAUGUGAUUGGCGGGACAGGUGUUGUUAAAGCCCUGGGUAUCUGUUUACGAAACAAAGGGAAUGAUUCUAGGAGGCCAUCAGCUGAUCGAACGUUCUCUGAUUUAUCUAGGCCGAGCAGCCGCUCGGCCGCUCCGAACCCUGCUGUGAAGAGUGGCAAAGCCAAGGAUAUGUCGAAGAAUUUAUUGGGGAGUGCCAGGAAGAUUCGGGCUCGAUUACAACCUGCCCUAGUCAAGGAAUCGAAGGCUAGUGAUCACCAGAAUUACAACCGAUUACUAUUCCUUGAUCACACAUUACAGAAUAUGAUCAAGAGAUUCGAAGAUGAAUAUCCUGAGACGCGCCUGUCACCGUCACUUCCCGAUACAGAGCAAAUAACCAUGACAGAGGACACAUACCCACUUCAAACUGACUAUCGAGGAUUAGACGUUGAACCAGAACCAGUUCUCGUCGAUAAUCUACCAUCAGAUGAAGAGGGAGGACAUGACGAGGGAGGAAUUCGUCCUACUUUAUCCCGUCAUAACUCUGAUGUCUCAUUGGCUUCCAGAGCACUUUCCCAGGAAGAAGGCAGAAUGCAUCGCUUUGGACAGAAGAUUCGUCGUAACAUUCUUAAACCCGAAGGCGAGGAUAAUCUUCACGGAACCACGGGGCACGAAAUCCAACCAGCACAUCUACAAUUUUUGAGAUCCAUGGUUGAGGACCUUCAAGGCGAAGAUAUCAGAAACAAAAUCGAAGCCAUGGGUCCAGAUGCGGUAAUAGCUGAGCUGAACAACGAAACCAGUAUUCUUCGGCAGAGAUUCGUUGAGAAUGAUCCGGAAGGCUGGCAUAAAUUCGAAGAAAGCCAAGAAGCUAUGCAAAGGAAUUCAUUCGUAGCGAAUCUUGGCUCAAAUGGGAAUGUGUCGGAGAGUGCCAUUGAAUGA